AUGAGUACAGCUCGACUUGUACGAUUCCAGCCUAUGCGCUUCUAUGGCGCGCGGCCGCAGAUCCGCACACUCCAUGCGUCGAGGGGCCUCUCAAGACAGAAGGUUGAUGAACACAGUGCCCACACGAUAUCCCAGAGGCUCCGCACACUCAAGAAGAUUCCGCCAGAGCUCCUUCCGCUAGGUGUGGUCAUUGGCUUUGCCCUUUCCGCCGCUGUGUUCGCCAUGGGCAAGAAGCUGUUCACAGACAAGACUCUCCGCUUGCAUAAGUCCGAGAAGAAGCACUAA